CUUUAAAGUAUUUCUGUUUGAUUUCUUUCAGCAGCCCAACUAAACGUGCGCUUUGAUAUUUGGGAACAAGGGAACAUCAGCCCCUUACAGCUGAGUGAUAAACUGCAAGGGGCGCUGCGCCAUGCACUCUGUGAUGCCAUCAUGGAACUUAGAGUCCUGCGAAAUCCUCUUUGCCUUGGUGUCACAGCAAGCUCAGACAGAGGUCAGAGAGAAGGAACUAAAGGACAAGAGACAUCUUUGUCUGAGGUGAAAGAAAAGAAGGACAGCCCCAGGCAACGUAGUGGCUCACGGAUCUUUAAAAGCGGCCCUUCUCCAAUCACCUUAAUCCAUUCAGCAGGUGUCAACCCGGUGAUGGGGACCAGCACACCAGAAUCUACUACUCCUACUAAUAAAAGCUCACGCCGGAGCUUUUGGGAUAUUCUGAGUAAACCCGACUCAGCAGAGCUUGGGAGCCCCAAGACAACUGAUGACAUUGUUCAAGAAAAGGGAGAAGAGGGCAGAGCAGCACGACGAAGACACAAGACGGAGAACGUAAAGCAGCAGUGGAGUCAGGAGAGAGCUGUGGCUGUGGAGCUUGAGCAAGCUCAAAGGAGGCAGGUGUCUCAGUUGGAGGAGGGAGAUGCAGGCACUUUACACCCUGUCUACCAAGAUACUUGUCAGUCAUGGAUCACAUUUAUGGCCAGACUUGGCUGCCCCUCCAUCCAACAUUGCACGACUGAAAUUGCAUCCAACUUCCUGCUGCCUUCCAUUUUGACAGAGGUCGUCAAUUUGGUCAGUUCUUUGGCCAGUGACACAACAGUAAAAUCAUUUGAAAGGAUGAGCUGCCCCAGCGGAGAUGUGUUUUUUCCAUUCCCUCUUGUCCAGCACCGCAGCCACCCUCCUGACGCUAAAAGAAGCUUCAUUCUCAUUGGGCGAAAUUUCUACCAGUGGCACUGCUGCACAGAGCAAGAAGACAGUUCAGAUGAGGAAAGCUCCCCAGGGCUAAAUAGGUUCACACCUCACAAGGGCUUCCAGCGGUUUGAGGCUCUGGAGCAGACUGACCUGAUAACUCCUGGCCAUCCUGAAGCAGGACAAGCUCCCCGACAGAGAUUCCUAUUCAUCAGCAUUGCAGAGAAAAAGGUGACUCUGUACAGUUAUAACUGGUCUGUGGACCUGGGUGCAUCUCUGAACCGUGACCUGGUACGCCUUGUGAAAUGGCAGAAUGCGAGGGCUCAUGUUGUUCACUGCCUGUUCAGCCAAAAGAUGGGCCUCUUCCACCACUAUUGCUUCUCUGACCCACCUCUUCAGGAACUGGACUCCAAGCUGGAUCCUAACCCAUUCCUUAGCCCUUCAAUGGAGCCUGAUGCCUUGCUUCGUAGUGCAGUUGCCCCUUUGCCCAGCAAGGAGCAGGGGAGGCUAGGAGGUUCAGGCCGAAGUCUUGCUCCACUCCAUUUCCCCUCUGAGCUACUUCCCUUCGAUGAAGCUCUGAGAGAUGUCUGCACUAUCCGACCCUUGACAGAAGGAGAUGUAGUGGUUCGACAUAGUAACCAGCUCUUGGAGAUGAAGACCGCUGAGCGCAGAGAAAUGGAGAAGCAGAUGAAGAUUGAAAACUUGUUUGUCACUUGGCAGCAGAGAUCAGCACAGUCUAACAUGCCCAUAUCUGGAACAGAUUUGGAGACUCUGAAGCAGUCAUCAAGGCUUGUCCACUACUGUGCCACCCCACUUCUCUUUGACCCCAGCUUCCGUAAGCGAAUUCAAGAGGAACCAACUCAGACUAUUGUAAAGAAAAGGCAUCGCUCCAGUGACUCCACAUCGUCGGGUCGAGACCGAAGCUACAGCACCGAUUCAGCCGACAUGCUUCCAAGCCGAAUAAAAGAGGAGCCAUGGCUGCUUGAGAUUUCUAACAACUUCCUUCAGCAGUACAUCCAGUACCUGCAGAGCAUGGGCUUCAUUCUAGUCCAGGUCCGGCCUCCAUCCCCCGCUCGCAGUAUUGCCAGAGCGCGUGCCGCCAUGCUGAGCUCCGUGUCGUUGGAAGGAAGGAUGUCCUUUUCUUAUGUCAAGCAGAAGAGUGAAGACAACCCUAAGACUUCAGGAUCUGGCACGACUUCAUAUCACCUCCAGAGAGCGCUGCCGGGUGGGAUCGUGUUGAUGGAACUGGCUUUUCAGGGGUGUUACUUUUGUGUAAAGCAGUAUGCACUGGAAUGUUCCCGCAUCCCCAUGGGCCAAACGGUCAACUCCCAGGGCACCCACCUCAACAAACUUCGUUGCAAGCCGUUUCCAGAUGCCUCACCAAUAUGUGACUGUGCGCUGUCCAUGCUCUUCACUGAGGAGUGUGAUAAGGUGCGGGACCUGAUGCACGUCCACUCCUUCAGCUAUGACUUUCACCUGCGUGUGGCUCACCAGUACUUGGUUGGAUGCCACAUGACACUUCGCCAGGGCUACCAGCUUACGGACUUUCUUGAUGACUUCAUCUGCCAUUACCCAGAUAUUCCCAAGUUUGGCCGCAAUCACAUCUUUCAAGGAAGCUUUUCAGUCUCCACGGGAAUAAUAACAGCUCACCAGCUCUACAACUAUAUCACUGACCACACCAGCUCUUACGGCAUGAAGCCUCUCCGCAUGUCAAAGACUGCAGUUGCUACUGACAACAAGAAAGGAAUGGCUGACCUCCAUGAAUAUGCACUGGUGGCUCUGUGGAACAGUUCGGGCUCCUACAAGGACCUGGAGGGCCUCCACCACCAUGAUGACUUUGACGUGUCUCUGGUAGUGUGCCACAAUGCUGUUCCAUUUGAGGAGCAGUCAGAUGGGGAGAGGCAUUUGCUAAGGUUGCGAUUCUAUGUAAUCAUGACAAGUCAAAGGGAGCUCUUCCCCCAUCUCACCGCUGAUAUGCGCCGCUUCAAGAAGCUCCCUCAGAUUUACCGUGAUCCAAAUGAGCAGGGUAGUCGGCUCCCCCGCGAUCGAGCAGAGAGCACCGGGUCAAGUGGAGAUGGCCAUGAUCUGUGGGAGGAAAAGUCAUCUGAAGCUGCCACUAUCUCAGCCCCUAGUGAUGGCAAUGAAUUUUAUCCUCUGACAGGAGGUGGGCCAGGGUGUCAGGGGCUGGUCUACAGCUCCCCUCUAUUCCCUUUGCUCAACAAUGAGGUGGCUCUGGCUCGCAAACAGAUCCAAGCCAGUGUGGAGCAGGCCAUGGGUCACUGCCGCCGGGAUAACCUGUGGAGGAGGCUGUUCCAUGGAGAUCAUGUGUCCCUGGACAAAUUAAAGCUGGCCAAGCUGUCAUUCACAGAACUGGAGGAGCUGCUGCAGGCUGUUCAGAGCCAUUCAGUGGGGGACAUUGACCCACAGCUGGAUUAUUUCCUAACCAUGAGUCCAGCAUGGUACCAAAGUCUGAUUAAGGUUCUACUCAGUCGAUUCCCUCAGAGCUGCAGACACUUUGAUGAUAAUGGCGUCCAGUAUCUGGCCGUCCUUAACCAGAAGUUCACAGAUUGUUUUGUUUUGGUUUUUCUGGACACCCAAGCAGGAAAAACUAGCUUAAAGGUUGUAUUUCGGGAACCACUGCCGUCCCAGCCUCAGGCCAGCAGCAGUCCACCUCCUCAGCUGGUGUCUAUGUACCACCAUCUGGAAUCUGUCAUCAACACUGCCUGCUAUAACCUCUGGACAGGACUAUUAUAAAACUGACAGCAAAAUUCAUGCGCAUAAGUACUUUAUGACAUCAUUCAUAUAUUCUAUUAUGCCAAGAAAUGUUAGGAAAUAUCAGAAAAAUGUGUGUACCUAAAGCCCUACUGCCAUAUUGGUGCCGUGAAGUGCCUUUAUCUGUUUUUCUUCUUCUGUUCUUCUAAAUGUGUAGAGGGCAUAAUCAAUUGGUUUUGCGUAAUUAAACCUAAUGUAAUGAGUAGGUUUACAAAGCUCUAAUCAGUGAGGUAAGAAAAUAUCAGCAUUAGCUUCAGUGACAAGUCGAGUUAUCAGUGAUUUUUCUGUAGUCUGUGAGAAGGAAUGAGUGUGACCUGGUACUCAUCUUACAGUUUCAAGGCUAAGAUGAAGCUAACCAUAAGUAAGAAGGUUACCUGACACACUGACCAGUGGGGAAGCAAACAGACCCCAGGAUGACAUUCUCUGCUCUGCCUGAGUCUGUAAAAAUGUACUGCUGUCACAUUUGUCAUGAGAACCUCACUGUAAUCUAAGCACUGCACUAACUCAUUCAUGUAUAUUGUGUUUAGGUUCAACACAUUAUAAAGAAUUGUAAAAAGGUGAAUUUAGCAAGACAGUGAAGUAAGUGGUAUCUGAACUGGAGAACAUUCUGUAGUUGGUUAUUGUUAAUAAAAUAAAAGAUUUAGCUUCUAAAAA